AUGGCCCCAGCCUUCUCCAGAGGAGAGCGGCCCAUACAACCAUACCAUGCCGCCAACACUUACCUGGCCACUCCCCUCAGCACCGCUCAGUUAGCCGCGUCGUCGCAACCCCGCUUCCUGAACUUUCCCUACAUCCAGAACACCCAACACAGUCCCACUCAAGUCGAGUAUGCUUCUCCUCAAACCCUUCAGCAGGCGCACAACGCUUCACCUAAUGUCAUUAGCGGUACUACCGGAGGAUUCGGGGUCACCUACUUGCCUUGGGACGAUCACUCUUCUGGUCCCCUAAUCCCACUCAAUCCAGCCCUCGACACUGAAUACUCACCCACGCUCGUUGACUCCCAGCUCCAUCACGGUUUUCUCGGUCCAUACGAGGCGAACAUUCCGUACCAGUACACGGCGAGAGCCUUUCCCUUUGACAGAGGCCCGAUGAUCGAGCCAGCCGUGGUGGAGGCCUCUCUUGGUCGCGUUGGAUUGCACCAUCCAGUCGAACAUCUUUCCAAUGACACUCUCUUCGAGCCCGGCCAGUCUUCCGUUCCCGAUCCCUGUGCUGUAGCCCAUUCUCACCAAGUAGAGGCACCAAAUUACUUCGAGAAUGGUACUCGGCCAACGAACAAUGUCGUUCACGGAAUGUCUCCAUCAGACCUUGCGUCGUCGUCUUCGUCGUCGCAGGCGUACUGCGAGCCUCCGCGUGCGCCGAUCCUCCCUCCUCGGGCUGUUGAAGACAGAGAAAAUAUCCCAGACAUCCAAAUGCCUGCAAGCCUUCUGGAGAUCAAACUGGUAGAAGCACAUUAUGAGCCUAAUGACACGCUCGAGAGCGAUGGGAUCGGAGGAUCACAAAAACCUGACCGAUCGCAUGCUAAAUCUAAGAACAAGGAAGACUUACCGACGAAGAGACGAAGCGCCGUCACGAGGGGAAAGAGCUCUAUCAAUCACACAGAGAAGGGAACGCGUUCCGCCGUAAAGAAGGCUUCAGCCCAGGAUGCAGCCAAUGCGACGUUCGCUCGCGCCGGCCCGCCCCCAGAGGAGGCGUUCUGCUCCGCUUUCUCUGCGACGGCAUGCCCACCGCUCUCAGACGACCCGCCACGUUGGCGAUUGAUAGAAGAUGAACGCCUGCAGUUAAUGAAGGAGAGACGUCAGCAGUUGGUGGAAGAGAACAUAGGGCGAUUGACAAUAGCCCAGCUUGAAGCCACUUACAGAUUCCGCCAACAGCUCGGACUCUCCAUCGAAGAUGAUCUCGAUCUCAACAUCCUCAACGAAGGGUCGAUGCGGGAGACAAAACGGACAGUCGCCUUUUACGUCCAGAUGGUACUCUGCUGCAGCGAGGAUAACCUGUUGACGGUAGAGGAGGUAUGCGAUGUGAUGAGGGGAAUCUGGUGCUUUAAGCAACGUUCAGCUGCUGGCGACAACGUGUGGAGGAGGACCGUUCGUUGCACAUUGUCCGAAAACAAGGAGUUCGGGUGCUUGAAGCUCCGGAAGCCGCGGACAAACAAGGAGAUCAACCUCCACUUUCUCGACUUUUCCGCUGGAGAAGGAAGGCGGAAGGCACGCGAAAGAAAGAGCAAAUCUCUUCGUGGUGAAGAGACACACAAAAAUUCGAAAGAUUCUGCGUUUGCUGGUAGACCAGUACCUAGCAAACUCAAAUCUAGGUUCGAACCUCCGUACCUCUCCUUCAACCAGUGA